AUGGGAUCUGUCUUAGAUGGUCCUCAAGAUCCUGCUAAUACUGCUAAUGGCAAUGCCAUGUGGAAGGCUUUCACUACUGUUCUAGAAGCAGAGCGGAAGACCACAGUGGGCAGCCAGCAGUUAACCCUCAAUGGGGCAACUGUGUUGGUGUGUAUCAAGCUCCUCAUGUAUUGGAUAACUGUUGAUGAUCCUGGACAGACAGGUCUUUUGGGCGCCAGCUUCGGGCCAUUUAUCAUUGAAAGCUAUAAAUGGCUGAUGCCAGACCCGCUUUCGCCGCUGCUUGUCCAGCAACAGCGUACUAACGGCUUAUUGGAAGCACUUCUGACACAUAUCAAUGUUACGAUUCCGAGUGCGCCUGUUCCUGAGCCGUUUGAGCCAACGGACAGUGCUGUGGUUAUCAACAAGCUGUGGCUCACGAGUUUUCUGAUCAUUCUUGUCGGUGCUGCAGUGGCCCUAAUGGCACAGGACUGGCUUAGGGACACAAUUCUCCAAGACUCUCGUCCACAGUCGGGUGAUACUCAGGAAUACCGCUCUAUUGCACGUCUUCGCACCUUUGCAGCCCUACAGCGUUAUGGGCUAGACCAUCUAGGAACUGCUAUUGUGGCUCUUGCGCAUGUCUCACUAGUCUUGUUUCUCAUUGGCCUCUCAUUUCUCUUUUUCUCAAUCAAUGAAUCCACUGCCAUUGUCAUGACUGUGGUAUCAGUUGCUGCUGCUUUCAUCUACAUUGUCUGCAGUGCAGUGCCGUUCUUCGAUCCUCAUUGCCCUUAUUAUACACCUGUGAGCUAUGCACUCAUCUUGGCAAUCUAUAGCCUCAUCACGAUUGUGGCAUGCUCCAUUGUGUAUAUUGCCAUUGUCUUCAUUGCUAUCGGUGGAUGGAUUUAUAGACGCCAUAUAAAGUUUCAGGAUCUUGAUCCUCGGCAUGUCUCAAUGUUUGCUUUGGAUCCGUUAUCUGCCACUCGGUCCUUGGGCCCAUUAGUUGUCUGGAUUAUUCGUUCCCGGUCCAUUGAUGACCUUGAUCGGCUUAUUGACGAUAAUGUCCGGCCACCGCAAGUUGAGAAGAUCACUGGCACUCAAUUAACAUUCCUAUGGGAUCGUAUAUGGCCCUUUCUUCUGGACUAUCCCUCUGCUCUUCGUCAUAUAUCAUACAGCAUGCUCACCUUGGAGGACCAUAACACCUCCAACUACUUUGUCAAUAUCCGGAACAACCAACAAAUACUGGCAAAGCUCUCGGUCAUCCUGCACAACAUUAAAUCUCAGGAGGAUGCAAUAGGCUCACUACGGUUCUUACAAAUGCUAUUGCUGGCGGACAACUUCACGGACAACCAGUCACAGACUGAAACGAAUCAGGACUUCCGGUGGGAAUACAUGACACACAUGCUUGAGGCCUUCCCAUUGUUCGCACAGAGACUCGGUGAAAUGAAUAUUGAAGCGCUAUGCCGGCAGGAUCUUGCAGUGCAUGCAGCAGUGGCAAGCUUUCGUUGGGCUCUCAUUGCAGCACUCGGGCGCAUAGAAGGGCAUCCCUGCACUCCUGACCAGUCAGGCUUUGUGGCCAGAAAAAAUAUUCAAUUUCUGUUCUCAGUGCUUGAUUCAGUUGAAAGUAUCCGCCUGCAUACUGUGCUGGUAGAUGAUCAUGAAGAUCUCAACUCACUCUUUGAGGAUGCAACCAUUGACCCACGGCGUGAACUCGGAUCUCGCAAUGCGUUGACACUGCUAGAGGCUGUCAAGCAUUGCCAGUGGCGCCAGUCAAUUGGUUGGGAGCAGCCUGACUCUGGCUACCUCCCCAAAGGCAUGCCAGGGUUGUGGAAAUGGAGUGAACAAUACCUUCCGAAAGGUGUUAGGACAAUCUCUUCAGCGUCCAAGCAUCUCCGUGACCUGUUCGAACAGGAACAUGUCCAGGAGUCAAUGCGGGCAGCGGCCAUAGGAAGACAAGUCGAAGAGGGCCAAGGUAUACCUCCAGCUGCCGUGAAUGCACUGCGCAAUCUUGCAGCUAUUGGAGACUUUUCGGUACCACUCAUCUAUGAAGUCGUCACUGUACAUGACAUGGUGCAGGAGAACAUCCAGCAACUUGAGCAUUGUCAUUAUCCAGUGCAGAGUCCUCAAGAUCCUACUAUACACUACAUACUGGCCGGUAACUAG